AUGACAGACCUCAACCCUCGCACCAAAUCCUAUGAGUUUCUCGGGCCUCCUGGGGCCCUUGCCGUGACCAUAGGCGUUCCCAUCAUGACCUAUGCCCUCUACUUCUCUUGCAGCGAGGUUUCAGGCGGUUGCCCUCCCACUCCCCUCUCUACCUUGAUCCCUACCAUUCAACAGGCCGUCUCUGAUACAGAGUGGUGGAAAAGCCUUUUGGAUACCAAGGCUCUCGCAAUCUACUCGUCUUGGUACGCGUUUUGUAUUGUGGCAUGGGCUAUUCUCCCAGGCGACUGGGUUCAGGGAUCUCAGCUUCGCAAUGGGAAAUAUCAAAGUUACAAGAUAAACGCAUUCUCUACGUCCCUCCUCGCUCUCGGUCUCGCCACAGGAUACAUCAUGCGUUUUGGAGUCCAGUCUUUCACCUUCUUCUACGAACAUUGGGUAGGAUUCGUGACAGCCGCCUUGCUCAACUCCAUCCUUCAAGGCUUGCUCUGGUAUGGACUUUCAUUCUGCCAAGGAAAGCUACUUGCUCUCGGUGGCAAUUCCGGGAAUCCCAUCUAUGAUUUCUAUAUCGGUCGCGAGCUGAAUCCGACCGUACUUGGUUUGGAUAUCAAGUCUUUCAACGAACUGAGGCCAGGGAUGAUCUUGUGGUUAUUGAUUGAUAUCAGCAUGGCCUGCGAGCAGGCCACUCGUCUCGGAGGACGUAUCACCGACUCGAUGGGUCUCGUACUCUUCUUCCAGUCUUUGUAUAUCAUGGAUGCUUUGUACAACGAGCCCGCGAUCCUUACGACCAUGGAUAUCAUCUCCGAUGGGUUUGGCUUCAUGCUCUCUGUCGGUGACCUGGUUUGGGUUCCCUUUGUUUACUCACUCCAGGCACGCUACCUUGCUUUCCAUCCGAAAGAUCUUGGAUAUACAUGGAGUGCUGCCAUUUUGGCUGUCAAUUUCCUCGGCUACUGGAUCUUCAGAAGCGCGAACAACGAGAAAAAUGAAUUCCGCAACGGACGGAACCCCAAGAAUCUCACGUACAUGCCCACCGAGCGUGGCACGAAGCUUUUGACUUCCGGUUGGUGGGGAGCUUCUCGCCACCCAAAUUAUAUGGGUGACCUGUUGAUGGCGUUGGCGUGGUCCUUGCCCACCGGCUUCGAGACCCCUGUCACCUACUUCUACGUUGUUUACUUUGCUGUCCUCCUGAUCCACCGACAGCGACGUGAUGACGAAAACUGUGAGAAAAAGUACGGCAAAGACUGGCACAAGUACAUGAAGCUGGUUCCCUACCGCAUCAUCCCGUUCAUCUACUGA